GGCACCCGCAGACAGUCUUCAAUGCCACCAUGACGCAGUCUGGCAACAGAUACCUAGAUGUCGCCACAUACACGUGUAUAGAGAACCACGCCUUCCAGGAUGGAACGACAACGAAGAAGGCGUCUUGCUUGAGUAGCGGGCAGUGGGAUAACAGCGUCCCAUCUGCCUGCAUUCGUCCCCAGUGCCCGACGGUGUCCAGCAGCCUUUCUUACACCACGGUCAACUCGAGUGACCACGGUGCGGGGGCGGCGGUGAGGUACGAGUGCUCUCAAAACGCCACCUUCAGUGACGGCAGCUCGGUGAGGACACGCCGUUGCCUCGUGUCCGGACACUGGGACAGCACGGAGGAGGCGUGUGGUAAGGGUUACCGUGAGAUAACACCGCACCAGUUUGGUGGGUGGGCUAAGCUGUGUUGACAUAUUAAUUUUAUAAUUAAAGUCGAUAAAAUUCGUCACAAACCGAUUCUUCGGGCGGCCUGAGGCAGGUAAGAUCAUAUGAUCACAUGGCAUAUCAAAUCAACCCGUGCAAAUAAACGGCAGUUCUGACUAUAAUCAGAUCAGGUAUAUAUUUUUUAAGUUGUGUUUUUAACUCAAUUAUUAACUAUAAAAUAUCAUAACGACGUUUAUAAAUCAUAUGAGGUAUUCAUUCAAUCUCACCAUCAUCAAAUUACUUAACAAGAUCGUGGGCCACGAACAACAAAAAAGGUAGGUAAAUUUUCUAAAUCCAUAGAACUCAAUCUCUUUGUUUAAAGUUUACAUUUUACUUUACUGUCUUUUUUCUUUUUCUUUAUUCAUGUCUUUUACGCUUUAGAGGUUUUUCUUCCUGCUUUUUUAUGUGUGGAUGUUUAUAUAGCUACACUUACUCGCUACAAAUCGGUGAGAUGGGAUGAAAGGAAGAGGUGUGUGUGUGAGAGAGAGAGAGAGAGAGAGAGAGAGAGAGAGAGAGAGAGAGAAUUGACUUGGAUUGUGGGUGUUGUGCAUCAGAAAAACGUGGUUGUUUGAUUGAUGUGCCUAACUUGAAAGAAACUGAAAGUUGGUGUAAUAGUUGUUGAUAAUAACCAUCGACUUCAAGCCAGGAAAGAUCCGUAGCAGCCCAAUACAUAUAGAAGUAGCAAUUUUCGGUCAAAAAAUUACAAAUCCAGGAAAGGGGGCACACCAAGAAAUUCGGAGGUGACUUAUUCGGGCUCAAGGCGUCAUGAUCCUACAAUCUAACGUUUUCUGUAAACAUAUGCGAUUGCUGGAGCCCACAAAAAAAUCCAA